AUGGAGCCAGAACCCCGAAACGAUCAGAAAAAGCCUCAUGUGGUGUUUAUACCAUUUCCAACACAAAGCCACAUCAAGUGUAUGAUUAAACUAGCAAGGCUACUGCAUCACAAGGGCCUUCACAUAACCUUCGUCAACACCGAGUCCAACCAAAAGCGCCUUGUAAAGUACGGUGGGUUUCAUGGUCUAGCCGUGGCUCUUGGUUUUGAAUUUAAAACGGUUCCAGAUGGUCUCCCUUGUGAUGACGACACUGAACCAAAUCAAACCGCAGAGCAACUGUUUCUGUACCUUUUGCCCAAUUUCUUGGGUUCCUUUCUUGAUCUUGUAGCUGGACUUGAAAAUCCACCGACUUGGAUUAUCUCAGAUGGCUUCAUGACAUUCACAAACACUGUUUAUGCUGCUGAGAAGCUCAAAAUUCCGAUCAUCCUUUACUGGACCCUUGCAGCUUGUGGGUUCAUGGCGACUUACCAGACGAAAGUUCUAACGGAUAAAGGAGUUCUCCCGCUUAAAGAUGAAAGUGAUUUGAAAAACGGGUACACUGAUACCGAAAUAGAUUGGAUUCCAGGAAUGGAAGGAACCCGUUUGAAGGAUCUACAAGAACAUGUGUUAGUCACAAACCCAGAUGACCCCGCAUACAAUUUUGUGCUGGAAGCAGCCAGGACAGCCGAUAAAGUUUCACACAUGAUCAUCCAAACUUUUGACGAAUUAGAAGCUAAUCUAGUCAAAGAGCUUAAAUCCAUCUUUCCUAAGAUCUACACUGUCGGGCCUCUACAAUUACUUCUUAAUCAAAUCACAGAAAAUGAAACCCCAAAUUCGAGUUCUAAUGGCUAUAGUUUAUGGAAGGAAGAGCCCGGGUGCAUCGAGUGGCUCGAGUCAAAGGAACCGAACUUGGUCGUCAACCAUUAUUUUCUUUGGAUAAUCCGGAAUGAUUUGGUAGAUGGUGUUUUGGAGGUUUUGCCGCCGGAAUUCAUGGCGGCAGUUAAAACGAGAGGUUUUAUCGCAAGCUGGUGUUCACAAGAAGAGGUGCUGAAACACCCUUCAGUUGGCGGGUUCUUGACCCACGGUGGGUGGGGGUCGGUGAUCGAGAGCUUGUCGGCUGGUGUACCGAUGUUAUGUUGGCCGGUUUCCCAUGACCAAGGAAUCAAUUGUAGGCAAAUGUGUCGGAAUUGGGAGGUCGGAAUGGAGAUUGACCGGAAUGUGAAGAGGGAUGAAGUUGAAAAGCUUGUAAGGUGGUUAAUGGAGGAAAUUGAGGGGAAAAGGAUGAAGAAGAAAGCUAUGGAAUGGAAGAAAUGGCGGAAUUAG